AAGUAUUUCGCAUUCUCUCCCUUAAUUACUUUGUUUUUGUUUUCGAAUAUAUUAUCAAAUAAUUCAUAUAAUUUAGGAAUAAAUAAUAAAGUACUAUACUAAGAUGGAUAACGGAACUGCGGUACUCCACGAUGAAUAUCAGUAUUUAAAUCUUGUAAAGAAAAUAAUUGAAACAGGCGAGAAGAGAAUUGAUAGAACCGGUGUUGGUACUCUGUCUAUUUUCGGUGCCAUGCAAAGAUAUUCCUUGGAUAAUAAUACGUUACCAUUACUAACUACCAAAAGAGUAUUUGUAAGGGGUGUAAUAGAAGAACUGCUUUGGAUGAUAUCUGGAAACACUGAUAGUAAGGUUCUAGCAAACAAAGGAGUACAUAUUUGGGAUGCAAAUGGUUCUAGAGCAUUUCUAGAUAAUUUAGGUUUUACAGAUAGAGAAGAAGGUGAUCUUGGUCCAGUAUAUGGGUUCCAGUGGAGGCAUAGCGGAGCUGAAUAUGUUAAUGCAAAAACUGACUACCAAACACAGGGCAUCGACCAACUUAAAAACGUUAUAAACACAAUCAAAAAUAAUCCCAAUGACAGAAGAAUGUUGAUGUGUGCCUGGAAUCCCUCAGAUCUGAGCAAAAUGGCACUCCCUCCAUGCCACUGUUUAGCACAGUUCUAUGUAGCCAAUGGAAAACUUUCUUGUCUUCUGUAUCAGAGAAGCGCUGAUAUGGGCUUAGGUGUCCCAUUCAACAUUGCAAGUUAUGCUUUAUUAACCCAUAUGAUUGCACAUGUUACAAACCUGCAGGCUCAUGAGUUUGUUCAUACAACUGGUGAUACCCAUGUGUACUUAAACCACAUCGAGCCCUUGAAAAUACAAUUAGAAAGACAACCAAGACCUUUCCCAACAUUGGAAAUUGCUCGCAAAAUUGAGUCUAUAGAUGAUUUCAAAUAUGAAGAUUUUGUCAUAAAAAAUUAUAAUCCUUAUCCAAAGAUUGAGAUGGAAAUGGCUGUAUAAAUUUUAUUAUAGUGUAUUUUUAUUUAAUUUUAGUGCUUGUUACUUAAUUAGGAUUUGAUGUAAUUUGCAUUAAAUAAAAGCAUUAUUCUCUUA